CAGCGCCUCCUCAGAACUUGUCCGUGUCUCUCCCGGUCUCCUCUCAGGCUCCACGCUGCAGUUACAGGCUGCACUACAACUGGCUGGAUGAAGACAAGAGUUCCGCGUCAGCGCAGUCUGCCCAGAAAACAAAUCAAUAAAAAAGGAAACAAGGGUGAAGUUGAUGGUCCAUGUGGGAGAUUUUCCCUCAAUAUGAGGGUCCGUGACUGAUUUCUCUGGAUAUUUAAAACGGGUUCCCGGUUGCUUUAAAGUUCAAUAUCAUUUUCCACCCGGAGAGUUUCGGCGAGCAGACGUGGUGGGCGCAAUUACGCACGAGAACCAUGGCACGGAUUUUGGAUAGACGCGCUCCAGUUUUGCUCUUGGUUUGGAGCUACUGCGUCCUGGCGGAUUCCGCCUUCACGAACUUCAGCUUGGACAACGAGUUCCAUUCAAGUUUCAUCCACCGCCGGCUGAAGAGCCAGGAGCGCAGAGAGAUGCAGCGGGAGAUCCUGUCGAUCCUGGGGCUGCCACACCGGCCGCGACCGCACCUCCACGGGAAGCACAACGCGGCGCCGAUGUUCAUGUUGGACCUGUACAACGCCAUGUCCACAGACGGAGGCGAUGACAGAUACUCUUACCCCUACAGGCCCGUCUUCACCACUCAGGGCCCCCCUAUAGCCAGCCUGCAAGACAACAACUUCUUGAACGAUGCAGACAUGGUCAUGAGCUUUGUCAAUUUAGUGGAGCACGACAAGGAGUUCCUACCGGUGCGUCGGCAUCACAAAGAGUUCAGAUUCGACCUUUCGCGGAUCCCGGAGGGAGAAGCGGUCACCGCUGCAGAGUUUCGUAUAUAUAAAGACUUCAUUCACGAAAGUUACGACAACGAGACGUUCCGCGUCAGCGUCUACCAGGUGCUGGAGGAACACUCUGAUAGAGAGUCAGAUCUGUUCCUCCUGGACUCGCGGGUGAUCUGGGCAGCAGAGGAGGGCUGGUUGGUGUUUGAUGUGACAGCCACCAGCAACCACUGGGUCCUGAACCCUGGCAGGAACCUGGGGCUACAGCUGGCCCUGGAGACCACAAAUGGAGAGAGUAUAAACCCCCGUGUGGCGGGGCUGAUCGGUCGCAGUGGGCCCCAGAAUAAACAGCCUUUCAUGGUGGCCUUCUUCAAAGCAACCGAGGUGCACCUGCGAAGCAUCCGCUCCACGUCCACUGGGAACAAACAGCGUAACCCCAACCGCUCCAAAGGGGCAAAGAGCCAAGAGGCACUCAGAGUGGCCAGUGUCGCAGAAAACAGCAGCACUGAACAGAAACAGGCGUGCAAGAAGCACGAGCUCUACGUCAGUUUCAGAGACUUGGGGUGGCAGGACUGGAUCAUUGCUCCAGAGGGAUACGCGGCGUACUAUUGUGAGGGAGAGUGCGCCUUUCCACUGAACUCCUACAUGAACGCCACAAACCACGCCAUUGUGCAAACCCUCGUUCAUUUCAUUAGUCCGGAGACGGUCCCUAAACCAUGUUGCGCUCCCACGCAGCUCCACGCCAUCUCCGUGCUCUACUUUGACGACAGCUCCAACGUCAUCCUCAAGAAAUAUCGCAACAUGGUGGUCAGAGCCUGUGGCUGCCACUAGCGUCUUCGCACACACACACGCACACACACACACACAUGCUCGUGAGAUUUUGUUUUCCAGUUUGUCCUGAGGCACAAACACUGGGUUAAGUCUUCACUUUGUGAGCGAGUGAACGCUGAACUCACCUCUGUAACUCAACUCGAUAUUCUCUUUGUCUUUGCCAAACAGGAAUUUCAGUCACUUAGAUUCUCCGACACACACACACACACACACAAACAAACACGCACACACUCACGCGUUUGUGCUUCCUACUGUGUAUACAAGACAUGUAAAGCAGUGAUUGUACUGUAUAUUCCUUCACCGCCAACAGUCUUUUUGUUAUUUUCCUCUG